CUCUUUGUUGACGUCCACGCAUGCGCAUUUGUCGUCUGUUACUGACAGAGACGACCGCAGCAGAUGUGCGUCACGUAUGCACGUACACACAAAGCCAGGACGGUUUCAGGAAGCCAUGUUGACGACGGUCGUCACGCCACAUUUCGACUAACGUGGAAAUACUGCUAAAAGCGGGAACCUAAUUACAAACGCGAAGGAAAGACCACCACACUACGAUGUCUGCGGAUGAUUUUCAGACCAAGUACGCCUCCUUUAUGGAGAGUAUAGUGAAGAGUACCAUCGCGGAAACUAGGAAACUUUUCGAAACUAUGGUCGACGAAUUAAAGUCGGAAUUAUCCAAGGUCAAGAAGGAGAACGAAGCCCUCAAAACAACAUCUAGAGAAAAAGAGAACGCCAAGACCCUGUCAACCACCGAGUCCUGCCAAUGGGACGGCCCUGACAUGCGGGAUUCUGCCGUGCAGUGUGACCUUCUUCCCGGCCACCCCUUGCUCACUGUGCAGUGUCAACCAAUGGGACAAAGCGCAGAUGAUCAAAAGCAUCAACGUGAUCAAGAGGAGCUGGUUUACACCCUGAUGAAGGACCAUGACUAUGAUGCUGCAAUAGGACAUUCUCCUCUGACAAAACCUGAGGUCUCCGAAGCCACCGUCGGCAGCAAGGAAGUCUGUGCUGUCACGGAUUCUGCAUCAAGCUCUCCUGGUGGAACUGAAACAGAAGGCCCCCAGAUUGACCAGCAAUGUUCGUACGGAGUGCUCAGCAAAUGUGAUGAGGGCCUCGUGACCACAGUUCAACCCAGUCUGGAAUGGAAUUGCAAUUUACACCAGUCACAUAAUCAGUCAGUAAACUCACUUUCUGCACUAAGUAAUAGCAUGGAAGUGGCAUCCCUCGCUGAUCAGAUGUCAUCAGACUUUGGGAUCAAAGGAUGCAGUGGUUGUACAACCUUCAAAGAACCGUCGGCAGCACCACAGGCUCAAAUUGAGCGACGAUCAUUAAGUGAAACACCAGGAAACGAGCAAGCGAAUGUCACUGUGGUGCAGCACAGUGGUGUUCCCCUUGCAGAAGAACAGCAAGCGGAGCCAACACUGCUAAAGAAACAACUAGAGGGGGCACAAAUUAAAUGUGGCUCGACUAAAGAUAAGACCAACAUUGAAACUGGCAAAUUGCCAGUAAAGAAAAACAGAAGAGAAAGAAAACAGCCCUCAAAUAAAGUGAAACACCUGCAAAAGACUCCAUCAAAGCGCGGUGCUGGACAUGAUGAAGCGAAGAGUUCUCCUUCAACUUCACAAAACAGAGCAUUAGACAUGGAAAACCCUAACGCUGCGCCUCCGAUUGUUUCAGUCGUAUCUUUGUCAGAAACAGGUGUGUCCCCUGAAUCUCAACAGCCCUGCAUGGAAAUGGACAAGGUAUCCAGUCGAGCGACAAGCGGCGACUUCCCAUUACACAGCCAUACAGCAGCAUCACUGCCAGCGCCAUCGUGUAAGCUCAGGGAACGCAGCACAUCCGUAACGCUUCAGGAUGCGAUGCUGCUGGUUGAGGCGAUGGAUCAGUCAACAAAGAAUUGUGCCUCCCCAGAAGAAACGACAGCCCAAUCCACGUGUACUCUCCAUGUUGUCACCUUACCAUCUGAGGCCCAAUCUCCAUUACCUCCUCAAGCGUUGUCACCACCAACCCCACAAGUUUUAGAAGAGAUACCAACAGCAGAGCAGUCGACAAACACUUCCAGCGAUUUCCGGUGUGACACGACAGUAGUGCAACAACAAAACUGUGUUACCCCGCCAAACGUUAUUACAUCCGUAUCAUCUUUGACUUCUACAGUAGGAGAGUCACUUGAGCGGCACUCACCUUCUUCUCCAGUUCCAUGGCAGGCAUCCUUACAAACACAGAGAGACUCAGUCCUGAAUAAAAUCAUUGUGGUCCCUAGGUCAUCAUCAUUAUCGUUACCAUGCAGUCAUCCACCACGUACGAUUGCCCCACUGUCCCCAACUCAGAUUUCAGCUGUUGUGUCAACUGUCGCUGCUGCACAGAAUAAAUAUUCUUCAUCUUUGGGACUCUCCGAGAGGAAGAGCGUUACCUACUCAACAACCGCUGAAACGACAAUCAGCUCAAUAGAACCAAAGUCACACACUCACACACAAAUAAAAAUAAUCAUUCCGAGACCUACGUUAGCUGUUGUGGCAAGCCAGACACAACCGUUAGAGGCAACAAUUCUAAUUACCCAACAGAAUUCUGUUGGACCAGCUUCUGAUGACCCUAUGUCGACAUCGCAGUCAACACACGUGUGUCGAAGUUCUCAGAUUAUCUCCGAUGGAAAGGAAAAGUCAUCGGCAACUGCGCAGAUACCUUUCAUUUUAUCGCCCGUGUCACCCCCACAACUGGAUUUAGAAGUAACUCAUCCCGAAGACGCAGAAGCAUCUUUGACUGAGAGCGUUCCAAUCUGCUCUUUUCCAGUGACGCUGGCGAUGGCUGGAUCAAAAACGCCGCCAUUGUCCACUAAACCGGCGGUGGUUCCAGAACUGCGAUCGCCCGAAAGUGAGUUGUCUGAAGUUGCCAAAACAGGCGACACAUCCUCUGUUGUCGACGCCCAGGCAUCAAACCCAACCCCAGAAGCUUCCGCAUUAUCAACCAGCCUUGGUCCCGCUUCAAAAGAAACGUCUGCUGCCGGAGGUCUGAGCGAGUCUCCAGUGUCAGAGAAUAUGUCAUCACCCGCCAUGUUGGAAGAGGAGCCAGCCACUUGUGUGCCGCCUUGUUCGCCUUUCAGUGAGCACCAACCUGUCUCGCCGAAAUCAACAAUAGAUAUUGACGAGGCUGAGUUAUCACCUGUACCUCACCAACCAUCUGAGGCUUCUCCCAACAUGAAUGAAGAAAUAAUGAGCAAUGUAAAGCAGGCACCCCCCAUACAGUUAACGCCCAUCACACCCAAGGACUUGUCUGACCCUCGUUCACAGUGGACUAAAACACAGUUCCUUGCACAGUUGGCGGUGAUACCUGUAAACCAGGACCCCCAAAAGGUAUCAACAAAUCAGUUCGCAGGAGGCCAGGCUACUGAAGACAGGACAAGCGCAGAUCACGGGAGAAAGUUUCAGAAAAAAUCAAUUGUCGCCCGUCUUCGAUCUCACCUCAAAAUGCACUCGCUAGCUAAAAGAACAGUAACAAACGCUGAGCCACUUACAGGAAAACAGCAUUGCCCUGUAAGCACCAAGGAACCUCCAUUAGAGAACGUUGGGACUACUGACCCCGAGUCCACUGAGUCCAUUCCUGUUUGCACAAAAGGUCCCUCAGAGCUACAAACGGAGACGGGGUAUUCCCAAGCAACUCUUAAGAAACAAAGGAAUACAGAUAUCAGUCUACCCGAAAGGACUACUAUCCAGACUGUUCCUGUUUGCCCCAAAGACCCAGCUGUGAGUAAAGAUGUGCGGUCUCUUAAAAAUAGGACUAACAGCACUUUAAUUAUUUCCCCACUGCCAGAGACUGAGGUAAACAUCACCCAGGGAAACCCAACACAACUUCCACUGGACAACGACCGUGUGAAAAAAGGAGCUCCUACUGAAGCCAAGCCAAGAAACGCUCAACAGCAAAUAAUUGCUCAAGAAUGCGCAAGCAAAAAGUUAGAAUGCUCCGUCUAUCUCAGUUCAAUUCUAGAUAAAAACGGCAGGAUUAAGACACAUUUGCCUCCCCUGAGUGGUUGUAGGUCCACCCCAUGUAACAAUAAUGCUACCUCUGAAAUGUCAGGAGAUGCCAAUCUGGGUCCAAAGUCAGUUUUAACCGAAGAAAUGGAAACACCAUUCCCAGCCAUGGUUAGCGGAAAGUCUAGCACGAGCAAAGAUGAGCUUAGCUCAAACAAGUCGAAAGCUACGACUGUGUGUCUGAGGUCAAGCACAACUAAAGACUCCAGCAGUCCUCACAAGACUGCAUUCCCACCUGGGAGUCGAAAGAGGUGUAUCUCCGCUCAGGAAAAUGCUGUCCCCAAAAAGACCCAAACAAAUUGCCCACACCAAGAUAGGUCUGCCCAUAAAAAGACGGAGACCUUAAGGCCAAGGCCAACUAGAGAUUAUGCUCGUUCAAACAAGUCUCAUUUACCUGCUGUCACUCCAAAAGAGUCCAAUUUCAUGAAAAAUGGUUCUAGAUCUAAAAAGUCUUGCAGUGAAUCGCUCGGCGGUCCCAAUUUAACUAAAGAAGAGCACACCUCUAAACAGUUAAAAAGAGAAUCCAGUUCGAUAUCGGGGAAUACUGGACCCGCAGGUCCUCAGGCGGCCAAACUGCCAGCAAAUGAUACCAGUCCGAGUAAGACUGGUGAAGCUAUUGCUAAGAAGUCCAGACUCGGUCAAAACUGUAGUAUUUCAGAAAAUGUCAAAUUACGUAAUGCCCUGAAAUUAGCUACAGCAGCAAAAGCAAAGACUGAAAAUGUCAAAUUGCGGAAUGCCCAGAAAUUAGCUAAAGCAGCAAAAGCAACAACUAUUGCAAAAAUGAACAAAUCAAGACAAUCCAAAUUAAACAAAAUGAGCCAAGCGGCCGACCGUUGUGCCAGCGAAGAGACCGGAAACAAAGGAACCAUGGAAACUACCUCUUUAAGGGGAAAAGCCUCUUUGUUGUCACCUGUCCAGAAAGAGGCACGGUCCCCAGGAUCGCAGAAUCACACUGUCGUUUCUCCCCCGAGUCUUCCCCACCAGCCAAUACCUGUCAGCGCAGCAUCAAUUGCAUCGCCGCUGCAGCCUUUAACCCUCAUUGGCUCUCGUCUGCUCAAGAACCAGUGUGGCGAGUGCGGUCGCGUUCUCAGCAGCGGCGCUGCCCUUGAGAGCCACAUCAGUCUCCACACGGGCCACAGACCGUUCUGCUGCGCCCUCUGCGGGAAGAGCUUUCCUGACGCCAAGGGUCUGAGACGGCACGGCAGAGUGCACCGCAACGGUAGGAUCCAUAUCUGCCAGCAGUGCGGGAAGGGUUUCGUCUACGGAUUUGGCCUCGCCAAACACGUCCAGAUGGUACACGGGAAAAUUAAACCCUUUGUCUGCCAGAUCUGCAACAAGGCGUUCUUCACAAAGCGAGAUGUGGAGGACCACAUACGCAUCCACACGGGGGAGAAACCAUUCCACUGCCACCUAUGUGAAAAGAAGUUUGUCAGGAAAGUCGAACUAAAGGUGCACCUGAGGUGGCACAACGGAGAGAAAAGACACUGGUGCCCGUAUUGUGGGAAAGGAUUUUUAGACUACAAUAACUUGAAAAGACACAAGUUAAUCCACACGGGAGAGAAACCGCAUUCUUGUCCUCACUGCCCGAAACACUUUACACAGUCAGGUCACCUGAAAAAGCAUGUAAGGAAUGUACAUAAAGUCCAAUGAGAAGAGAGAGUCUACAAGUUGUUUCCCUCCCAAAUGUCUUUAUGUGACGCAUUUGUGUUGUCACAGUUAAUUGAUAGAGAAGAUGAAUAUAAUAAAAUAAAAAAACAUCAUUGAUUUUCUUGGAAUGGUUUUUAUUAAUAUCGAAUGAAAGGAACAAAACACAUUAUGACUGUUGCAUGUUGCUCAGUAGUUUAUAUUUUUAUUAUGUUAUUGUAUCCACACGUGAAGAUCCACAAGUUUUAUCUGAUCAACAGACGCCAAUAUGCUUCACAACAGGGGUCUCAAACGGAAUUGACCUGGGGGCCACUGGAGGUAGGGUCUAGGGGGGGCCACAGUACGGUAUGAUAUAUGUCCGUACAGUGACAGGGUGAAACAAAAACAUUUCAGUUUGUAUUUCGCUGCAUUCAGCUGGGAUAGGCUCCAGCUUACCCGUGACCCGAGUGAAGACAAGCGAUAGAAAAUGGGUGAAAGCAAUGGCGCAAAAAGAAUGAGGAUGUUUUAGUGCAGCAAAAGUGUAAACAGGAUUUUAGUUUAGGCGUCUGAAAAACAGUAAAGCUAUUUUAAACUCAGAAAACACAACAUGUCAUGUCUCUCAAGUAGAAGCGUACACGUAUAAAACAUAAAUAUCUGUUAGCGCGUUUACACUACUCUUCCAUGCCUAGUCAGAGGCCGCAAAAUACGAGCCGGCGGGCCACAAGUGGCCCACGGGCCGCGAGUUUGAGACUGCUGAUGUAAAGCGACAAAGUAUUGAGUAAUCUAAACAUUAAAAACCCAAGUUUUACCUUCUCAACAUCAGGCCAGCUAUUCUGACAAACGUGACCUGAGUCAGAGAAACCAGAUUUAUGCUCCUUGUGUUUUUUUGUAAUGAAAGGCACCGAGACGGGACACUGAGGUCGUAAAGCAGCAAGUCCAGCAGCUCUUACAGUGCAAUGAGAAAUACUUCACCACGUUCCCAACUUAAAUCAACACAGUAGCUGCGAACCCAACAACCUGCGACCAGCAGGAGGCGUUAUAGCGCACCUGGAAGCCUUCUUUCCAUCCGCAAAGUAGUCCCGACAGCUCCAACCCGAACACAAUUCUAUUUUAAUUUACAUGCUGGAACUUGGCACCAGCGACCGGCAGUACGUUAUCAGGUGGAAUAAUGCCACGUGUUUCCUCAGGAGAAAGCAGCGGCCUGGAGAUGCGCUUCAGGAUUUCACCUGAUUGAUUAAAAACGUAUUUACUUUCUAGAAAUAAUGGUUAAAAAGUACUUCUAUACUGGAUAUAACGUGUCUGUUCGUAUAUGCCAGUGAUGGAGAGCGACAGGCAGAACGGCUCUAUGCUCUUCCACUAGAUGGCAGCAGCUACACAAUGGAUCCACGUGCUGCCAUUCAUACGACAGAAUAAACAAAGUACACUCCUGGCAGAAAGUAACAUUUCAGCAUGACGCGCAAAUGCACGAUAAACAUUACAGGUGGGCUUCAUUUGACUU